UUUUAUGCGACUUACGAUAAAUCUCUAUUGUAUCUUUUUCAUAUAUUACUACACUACGAUUUGAUUUGGUAUAAUUGUUUAGUGAUUUGCUUCUUAUCGUUUGGUUUGAGUGUAAACCCUCUGAGACAUAAAGAGUCUUCCGUAGAACCGAAGACCCACCCCAGCCGCGUCACUCUGCGUCGUGAAAUUGAACUACGGCGAAACUUAAAAGAAGGGUGUUUUUUUUGGCGUUUCCUUCUGCUUCUUCCAAGUCAAAUCUCAUCUCUCACUCAGUUGGUCGUCGAUUUUUGAACCUGGAGUGAGUUGCUUGUGUGAUUGCUUAAUUUCGGCUAUGGCUGCACCCAACGUUCGUAGUAGUGGAAGCAGCUUCUCUCGCAACAUAUCAGUUGUGUCAUCACCUCAGAUACCUGGUCUCAAAUGCGGUCCUAAUGGCACAACCUUUAUUUCUACCGGGAUUCGUGAUCUUGACAGGAUACUAGGUGGUGGUUAUCCUUUGGGGAGCUUAGUAAUGGUGAUGGAAGAUCCUGAAGCGCCGCAUCAUAUGGAUCUUUUAAGAACUUUCAUGUCUCAGGGUCUUGUUAAUAACCAACCACUUCUUUAUGCUAGUCCUUCGAAAGAUCCGAGAGGGUUUCUUGGUACUUUGCCGCAUCCUGCAUCAUCCAAAGAGGAUAAUAAGCCUACUGUGCCCGAGCCUGAUCAUGGAGAGAGCUUGAGGAUCGCUUGGCAGUAUCGGAAGUAUUUGGAAAACCAGAAGAGUUCAAUUGAUGAUUACUCCAAUGACUUUGAUAUGAGAAAGCCCUUGGAGAGGCAAUAUCUUAGCGGACGGCCAAUAGAUUGUGUCAGUCUGUUAGACUCUGCGGAUCUUUCCGUUGCUCAGGACCACUGUGCUACGUUUUUAUCAAAAUUUCCAAGAAACAGUAGUAACAUCGCAUCCAUUGGCCGCAUUGCAAUCCAGUCAUUCUGCUCUCCCCUGUGUGAGUAUUCUGAAAAGGAAACAGACAUGCUUUCGUUUAUAAGAUUGUUGAAAAGUAUGUUGAUGGUUUCGAAUGCGGUAGCCAUUGUCACUUUCCCGCCUUCCCUGCUCUCCCCUUCUUCCUCAAAAAGACUGCAGCACAUGGCAGAUACCUUACUCUCUAUCAAAGCGAUCCCAGACGGUGACAAGGAAUUGGAGAAACUUCUGACUGGUUACAAGGACAUAAAUGGAUUCCUCAACAUACAAAAGGUUGCUCGUAUCAAUACACAGGUGCCUGUAAUUCUGGAGGCAAAAACCUUCUCAAUGAGCUUGAAGAAGAGAAGAUUCUUGGCUCUAGAGUGUCUGAAUCAAGCCCCUGUAGACGGGUCCAGUGGAACAUCGUACGGCACAACGGGGAGCUGCUCAGGAUCAUCCAAAUCCGGAGCACUCGAUUUUUGAGUUGCUGAGUUAGUCUUUCUUUACUUCUUCUGUAGGCGUUUGUUUGAGUUCUCCAUUGAGUUCUCCGAUUUCACUGAUGAACUAAGCAAUUACAUUAGAGUGUUUGGUCUUGAAAACAGUUUUGACCUUGUCUUAAUAGAAAUCAAAGUGUUCUGUUGAAAUAAAAAAAAAGGAUAGAAAUCAAUGUGUUUUUCUAGAAUGAAAUCAACGUGGUCUUCUUCUAAGCCAAGCCAAACUAUGACCAAUAAUAAAUGCUAAUUACUAAACGGUCAAUUAGUAUGUUCACGUUCUGGUUGUUUAUAUAAAUAACCAAAACAUCUAAAGAAAUGAAAGUUGGGGCCAUUGAAUGAUGUGUUCAAAAAUAUGGUUGAGCUAUAUUUGGUGAUCCUUUAAUUUUGGUGUUCCUUAACUUCCCAACUAACGACCAUAUCAUUUGAAUUAUUGUUCAUAAAUCUCUCUUUAUAUAUACGACCUUAUUCGUUUAUUGACUUUCUCCUUUCCAAAGAUUCUUUCUACAUGAGAAACAGAGAAAGAAAGAAAAAGUUUUUUUUUUUUGUCAAACGUUUUUUUCAUGAUUUGUAUGUAUUUGGUAGCUUUCCAAGAGAAAAAUAUUAGAGGAAACAAAAAAAAAAAAAGAAUAGAAAAAAUUUGUAAGAGAGAAACAAAUCCUUAAAAAGGAAAUAAACAGUAAUGCACGUGAGAAAGGUUUUUUCAAUUUUUCGUUUUGUUUGUUUUUUUAUUGUUUUAUAAUUUUUUUUUUCUGUUAUAUUUCGAAAAUAAAUAAGAAGAAAAAAACGAGUCGUUCUUGCAUUUAAUCUCGCACCACACCAACAAAAGAGUGAGAGAAAGAGAGAAGAUCGCUCAGGUUUGUUCAUCAUCUUCACCGGCCGAUCUCAUUUGCGGCGGAGAAA